AUGGCAGCAACCAUGCAGCAGCAGUCCUCCUUCGCGUCCUUCUCCUUCAAGCGCAGGUCCUCCAUCUCCCAGAUCGACCCCGCCGAUCCUGCUCAACUCCCCCCGGUCCCUCCGCCUACAAGGCGCUCGUCCUGGAUCCACUCCAUCUCCCAGAAACUCACCCCCGACAGCAGCAAGGACCCAAAAGAGCCUCGUCGCUCCUCCGUCGACUCCUCCUCAACCUCCUCAACCUCCGUCUCCGAACUCCCCCAGCAGAAAUCAAAUAUCCUCUCCUCCGCCUUCCGCCGUCUCUCCACAUCCUCCUCCUCCUCCAAAGCAUGCGGCCCCCACUCCUGCCGCCGUGUCGUCUUCAACCGCAACACAGACCGCCCUACUUGUCCGCUGCAAGAACUCCAAACCCUGCGCAUGAAGCGUGUUGCCUUCCGCGUCGACGAGCUCGACGACGAAACCCUCGCCAAAGAGCCGCUCUACUGCCAGAUCCGCCGCGCACUAAAGUAUCAGCGGGCUCUCGAGCUCAAGCAGCUAGAGGCACAGUCCGUUCUCGACGUCAAAGCUGCUGCAGCCGGUCUCAGCGGCUUCACGCCCGGCGCGCUACCCCGCAAAAUUCCUGCCUCUGCACCGACGACGCCUCUCAAAGCCGCAGCAUCUGCUGCACCUGACCCGCGGCCAAUCCUCAAGCGCGAGGCCUCGUCCGAGUCCACUCCUUGUGCCCAGGCCAACCUCCUGCUCGACGUUCCCCCGUCCCCCACCAUACAAAAUGGCAUUCCGGCGUGUGAAAUCGACGUGCCGUCAGCUGUCAUCUCAAAUUCCUUGCCAGAACGCCGUGAUUCAGUGAUCUCGGAUUCGAGCGGCGAGCAGACCUGCGACCCCGAGACCCGCAACCCUCCCGUUUCUCCACAGCAGGCCAAAGCUGACUGCCUGGGGAAGAUUUACGCGCGCUGCUGCAAACUUCGCGAGCAGACUCCUGCGCCUUUUAUCUACCGCCAACUCGAAGGCAAGCACUCGCUCGACACCUUCACCCUUGCAUUCGACCCCGCGAGCAGUGCCUCUGGAACUCCCCUAUCAUACCAGCAGAUGCAGGCUCUUGCCGAUCUAUUCGCCUUUGUCCCGGUUGACAAUUUCGUUAUCGGCGGAGUGUCUCUCUCAGAGUCUAUGUUCCGCGAGAUCACUUCCUCUCUUGCUAAGCUGAGAGGCUUGAAGUCGCUUUCGUUGCAGGGAACAAAGCUGGACUGCGCCGGCUGGAAAUGCGUCUGCUACAUUGUUGCCAUGUCGCCUUCCCUCGAGCACCUCGACAUCCGAGGCAUGUCGCGCAAAAAUCCCGACUGGGAUCUCUUAGCUCGCGCGAUCGAGGCCCGGCAGAUGCCGUUGAAGGUUGAUCUCGAACAUACUGAUAUUGGCGAGACUGAACGAUUGCGCAUACAAACAGCCUGUGAGGGUUUAAGCUCUUCAGCUGUAGCAACUAGUGACAGCAAAGAGUGA